AAUGUAUAUAUGUGCGACGACUGGCGACGACGAGGACGAGCUUGGAAGAGAGAGAUAAAAAAAAGACAACAAAAAUGGCGAGUGCGAGCCACUCGGCGUUUUCCCACGACGGGCAAUUUCUCGCGUUUUGCGGUACAGACGGAAAACUCAAGAUAUGGGAAACUGCGACGAGUCGGCUGAAGCAGGAAUUCGUGCCGAAUCUCCAUCUCUCAUCGCCCUGCAGUGUCCUCGACUGGAUCGUCGUCGGCGCGCAGUCCGCCAACGGGACACCAUGGAAAAAGCGCAGAAAGAAGUCAGUCAGCGAAGAUACGGAACAAAAAGAAAUCAUAGUAAUGGGUUCUACAAAUGGAACCAUCACCCUGUAUGAUGUAUCCACCUCUUCAGUUAACGAUCAACUUCAAAAUGGACACAGUUCGACUAUCACAGCCAUAACGUGGUCUCCUCACGCUGGUUUGUUCACAGCAGCAGAGGACAAACAAAUAGUGGAAUGGGAUUUGCAAGAAAAGACAGUGAAAUGUAAAUGGAAAUCUGGUAAAGGAAAGGUCACAUCUCUUGCAGUCUUACCUGAAGGAAAAUCACUUUUGUCGGGAGAGAAGACAAUAAAAUGGUGGGAUUUAGAAACAAAACAAGUCAUUGGAACUUUUACCGGUCAUGCAAAUCAAGUGAAUGCCUUGAGGUGUGCAAAAGUUACCAGUGAUACAAGUUACUUAUUCAGCAGUGGUAGUGGAGAUGAUUAUAUCAGUGUCUGGUCUCUGAAUGAAGCAAAGAAAGACAAAGCCCCAGUAGCAACUUUAACUCUUCCAGAUGAAGCUGUUUCAUACUCUGUAAAAGCUGUCAAAGAUUCUCAAAUUUUAGUUUUAUCAGUUACAAGAUCAGGUCAUGCCCAACUAUUUAAAUAUCAAGUAAAUGGCACAUCAUCCAAACCAAUAAAACCAGCAUUAAAUGUCAUCGUAGCUGCUGAUUCUGGACAGAAAGAAUCAGUCCAACAAAUUCCAAUCAUUACUGGGGAGAUAACAGAUGAUUCCAAAAUGUUACUUUGUUAUGGUACAUUCUUAGGUUUAACUAUUGAGAAAGUCAUACCCGAUUUCUCCGAUAAAGUUCAAUGUCUUGUACGAGUAGAUCUAAGAAAAUCAAAAGAAAAGAAAGACGAAGCAGUCACAAAAGUAAAAAAAGCUAAUAUUGACGAAAAGGUGGAAUACCUUGCCCCUGGUGCUGAGGCUGCAAACGCUGUAGGCAAAAGGACUAAAUCUGGUACUGGAUCUCAACUUCCGUUAAAGGACAGAUUAGAAAAUUUGAGUUUAAAUGCAGAGACAAGCACUACAGGGCAAUCAACUUGUAAAGGAGAAAAUAUGUGUCAGUUAUUAUUGCAAGGUUUAGCGAGCGGAGACAAAACGUUACUCACCACAGUACUAUAUGUAAGAAAAGAGAGCGUCAUUAAAAACACAUUAGCUAAACUUCCCACAACAGCAAUAAUGCCUUUAUUAAAAGAACUCACAACAAUGCUUCAAGGAAAAACAUACCCGAGCAAAUUUGCGGUUUUGUGGUUAAAAGCAUUAGUAACUACUCACGCAGCAUCGAUGAUUGCCAAUCCUAGCACACGCGAUGCAUUAGUGCCAAUUUUAAGUCUAAUCGAUGCUAAACAGGCCCUUUUACCAGAAAUAUCGAGAUUGAAGGGUAGAGUAGGGCUCAUAACAGGACAACUUUCUCGACGUGCCGAAAAGCAAGAAAAAGACUUAACUGACGAGUGCUUAUUGGUGUAUCAAGAUGAAGAUUCAUCAGAAGAAGACAUAGAUAUGGGCAAAGUUGAACUUGACAGUGAAUCCGAUGACAAUUGGGAAGAGACUUCUGAUCAAGAACCAAUGCAAGAGGACGCAGAAAACGGAAAAUCAGACGAUAAUGCAUCGAUUAGCAGCUCAGACUAAUAACUAGGUUGUAAAUUGUAAUAUUUUUUUAAAGAGAUUUAUAUAUGUUCCAUUGUACAAAAGCUUUGUAAAGUAUCAAAGUUCCGAUUUUCGUAUUUUUUAAAACUUUCAUAGUGUUUUUUUUUUAACUGUAUUCAUGAGACAGCCAUAAAGUAUGAAACAGAUGAAGAAUUAGUUUUUAUUACAUUUUCACGCGAGAAAACGAAAUUAUACAAUCUUGUUUAGUUGUUAACUAUACAAGAGAUAAACGAAAGGAAAAUAUAUAUUCAGGAAAUGCUAUCAAUUCCACUGGUAUUCACUAUGAUAUGCAUUGGAAAAGUCACGUUAGAUCUAUAUAUUUUCUGCCUGUAUACAUAUUUUACACGUUUGUUAAAAAAAUAAAUGUAUAAAAUUACUUUAUCACAGUAUCUUUCAUUUUUUAUGUUUUUAUUCUUUGUAAAAUAAGCCGGCCAAGUACACCCCUACAAAGCUAUUUUUCACUGUAGCAUAUAGAUAGUUUGUUAAAUUCAUCCUUACUUCUACUUCUAUAGGACGAUUAAUAAUUUAUAAGUUUAACUCUGAUGAAUUUGUUAUUUAUUUCCUGUUAAUAAAGGAACUUUUGAAUUAUAACUUUA